UACUCCAAUUACUCCUUUACAAAACGCAUACAAACGCCGCCGGUUUUCUAAAACCCUAAUCUCUCACUCUCUCUCAUCCAAAUCUUCCCUGCAACUCUCUCUUCCAAUGGAACAACCUCCUUCCGAUCCUCCGGUCACCGCCCCCGCAGCGAGCGAAACCAUAAGCAAAAAUGCACUGAAGCGUGAACAAAAGAAAAGGGAGAGAGAAGAAGAAAAGAGGAAAAAGGACGAGGAAAAAGCCAGAAGGGCUGCUGAAAUGAGAAGUGCCCAAGAGAACAGACCUGCAGCUGCUGAUGAGGAAGAUAUGGAUCCAACGCAAUACUUGGAGAACAGGCUCAAGUAUCUUUCUACUGAAAAGGAAGAAGGGAGAAACCCAUAUCCACACAAAUUCUCUGCCACUAUGACUAUUAAACAAUAUAUCAAGGAAUAUGAAGGUUUAAGUGAUGGGCAACAUCUUGACGAUGUUUCUGUGUCUUUGACUGGCAAAAUCAUGCACAAACGUUCCUCUGGUGCAAAGCUCGUCUUUUAUGACCUUCAUGAUGAUGGUUUCAAGGUUCAGGUUAUGGCCGAUGCAAGUAAAUCGGACUUAAAUGAGGCUGGGUUUGACAAAGUCCAUUCUAAUGUGAAGCGUGGUGAUAUUGUUGGCAUCACAGGGUUUCCAGGCAAAAGCAGGAAGGGAGAGCUUAGUAUUUUCCCCAAAACUUUUGUGGUGCUGUCUCAUUGUCUGCAUAUGAUGCCUAGGCAAAAAUCUGCUGCUGCUGCUGCUGCUGAUAACGCAUGGCUACCAGGAAAGACCAGGAAUCCCGAAGCAUACACUCUGAAAGACCAGGAAACUAGAUAUCGGUUACGCCAUUUGGAUUUGAUGCUUAAUACAGAGGUUCGAGAAAUAUUCAGGACUAGGUCUAAAAUCAUUUCUUACGUUAGGAGUUUUCUGGACAAGCUUGAUUUCUUGGAGGUUGAAACACCUAUGAUGAACAUGAUUGCUGGUGGUGCUGCUGCUCGGCCAUUUGUAACUCAUCAUAAUGACCUUAACAUGAGAUUAUUCAUGAGAAUUGCUCCAGAACUCUAUCUCAAGAAGUUGGUUGUUGGUGGUCUGAACCGUGUUUAUGAAAUUGGUAAACAAUUUAGGAAUGAGGGCAUAGAUUUGACUCAUAAUCCUGAAUUUACUACCUGUGAGUUCUAUAUGGCUUACAAGGACUACUACGACUUAAUGGAGAUAACAGAGAACAUGUUGAGCGGUAUGGUGUAUGAACUUACAAAAGGCAGCUAUAAAAUCAAGUAUCAUGCAGAUGGUCUUGACAAGGAUCCUAUUGAAAUCGACUUUACUCCACCAUUCAGAAGGAUUGACAUGAUUGAAGGACUAGAGGAGAUGGCAGGCCUCAGUAUUCCUAAAGACUUGACGAGUGCUGAAGCUAAUCAAUAUCUAAGGGAUGCCUGCUUGAAGUACGAAAUCAAAUGUCCCCCUCCUGAAACAACUGCACGUUUGUUGGAUAAGCUUGUGGGGCACUUUUUGGAGGAAACAUGUGUCAAUCCUACAUUCAUCAUAAACCACCCAGAGAUAAUGAGUCCUUUGGCGAAGUGGCACAGAACAAAACCAGGCCUGACUGAACGUUUUGAAUUGUUUAUCAACAAACAUGAGCUUGCUAACGCGUAUACUGAAUUGAAUGACCCUGUGGUACAACGGCAAAGAUUUGCUGAUCAACUCAAGGAUCGGCAAUCAGGUGACGACGAAGCAAUGGCCUUGGACGAAACAUUUUGCACGGCUUUGGAGUAUGGUUUGCCACCAACUGCUGGUUGGGGUUUGGGUAUUGAUCGGUUGACUAUGUUAUUGACUGAUUCACAAAAUAUCAAGGAGGUUCUUCUCUUCCCUGCCAUGAAACCUCAAGAUGUCGUGUCCCAAUUAAAUCAUUUACAGGUAUAAGAGAAAUGCAAGAUUCUUGAGACAGGGUACUCAGUUUUGAUGUGUAUUUGAUCAGUAGGCUUUGUAUCUGCUGUUCAUCUAUUUAUUGAGGGCUUUGAAUGGUGCUUAUUCUACACCUUACAUUUUUUUUUGUGAAUUUCUGUUUCAGAUCUAACUUGUUGGUGAUUGGAUUAACUUGUGUCAUAUACCGUAUUAUUUGUUAUACUUUUGAUAAGUAGACUUCCAUCGACUAAAUUCCAUAUUGUUCUA